AUGAUUUGGUUAAUAUUUCUGCUCUCCAUCCCGGAUGGAGCUGUCUCUCAGCUACAUUACUCCGUGCCAGAGGAGCAGGAGCCUGGCUCCGUGGUUGGGAAUAUCGCAGAGGAUCUGGGGCUGGACAUCACCAAACUUUCCGCUCGCCGCUUUCAGACGGUGCCUAGUUCGCGGACGCCGUAUCUGGAGGUGAACUUGGAAAACGGCGCGCUCGUGGUGAAGGAGAAAAUUGACCGGGAAGAAAUCUGUAAGCAGACCAUCCCGUGCCUAUUGCACCUGGAGGUGUUUCUGGAGAACCCGCUGGAGCUCUUUCGCGUGGAGAUUGAGGUGAUGGAUAUCAACGACAAUCCACCCAGCUUUACCGAGACGGACAUUUCCGUGGAGAUAUCGGAGAGCGCCACCCCCGGGACCCGUUUCCCGGUCGAGAACGCCUUCGACCCAGACGUGGGCACAAACGCGCUCAGCACAUAUGCCAUAACGAAUAACAACUAUUUUUACCUUGACGUGCAGACGCAGAGCGACGGGAACAAGUUCGCCGAGCUGGUGCUGGAGAAGCCGCUGGACAGGGAGCAGCAGGCGGUGCACCGCUAUGUGCUGACGGCUGUGGACGGGGGCAUCCCGCAGCGGACCGGGACUGCUCUGCUGGUCGUUAAAGUUCUGGACUCCAACGAUAACGCGCCCACGUUUGAGCAGUCUGUGUACACCGUCAACCUGCGGGAGAACUCCCCCGUGGGCACGCUGGUCAUUCAGCUCAACGCCACGGAUGUUGACGAGGGGCAAAACGGGGAAAUCGUUUAUUCCUUCAGCAGUCAUAACGCCCCGCGAAUAAAGGACUUGUUCAAUAUUGAUGCCAGAACAGGUAGGAUAGAGGUGGCGGGAGAGGUGGACUACGAAGAGAGCAACACGCACCAGAUCUAUGUCCAGGCUAAAGAUCUCGGGGCUAAUGCGGUCCCCGCGCACUGCAAAGUGCUGGUCAAACUCGUGGACGUGAACGACAACACGCCAGAGAUCGGUUUCAGCACCGUGACCGAGUCCGUGAGCGAGCAGGACGCCCCGGGCACCGUGAUCGCACUUUUUAGCGUCUCAGACCGGGACUCCGGCGAAAAUGGGCAGAUGAGCUGCGAGAUAUUAGGAGACGUCCCUUUCAAGCUGAAAUCGUCUUUUAAAAACUACUACACCAUCGUGACGGACGGCCCGCUGGACCGAGAGAGCACGGAUUCGUACACCAUCACCGUGGUGGCCAAAGACAAGGGUCAGCCUUCACUCGCCACCAGCAAGUCCAUUAAAGUGCACGUCUCGGAUGAGAAUGACAAUGCGCCGCGUUUUACGCAGGCGGUUUACGAUGUGUAUGUAACUGAGAACAACGUGCCCGGUGCUUUCAUUCACGCCGUGAGCGCUUUGGACCCCGAUAUAGGACAAAACGCUCUCAUUACCUACUCCAUAUUGGAGUGUGACAUACAGGGCAUGUCCGUGGACACGUAUGUGUCCAUAAACCAGGACACCGGCUACCUUUACGCGCUGCGUUCUUUUGAUUACGAGCAGCUGAAGGAGUUUAGCUUCAUGGUCCAGGCUAAGGACUCGGGUGCCGCUGAGCUCUUCUCCAACGCCACUGUGAAUGUGAUCAUAGUUGACCAAAACGACAACGCUCCUACUGUUAUAGCCCCCAUCGGUAAAAACGGCACAGCCAAAGAGCACUUGCCGCGCUCCGCGGAGCCCGGCUACCUGGUGACGCGCAUCGUGGCCAUGGACGCGGAUGAUGGCGAGAACGCACGGCUGUCCUACAGCAUCCUGCGGGGCAACGAGAUGGAGAUGUUCCGCAUGGACUGGAGGACAGGGGAGCUGAGGACAGCCCGCAGGAUCUCUCCCAAGCGGGACCCGCAGGGCUACUACGACCUGCUGAUCGAAGUGAGGGACCACGGGCAGCCCCCUCUCUCCUCCUCCGCCAGCGUGAGUGUGAUAUUAGUGGACAGCGUGGUCGAAGGCCGCAGCGGGGAUCGCGGCUCAGCCUCCAAGGCAAAGGACACCUCCCUCGACCUCACCCUCAUUCUCAUCAUCGCCCUGGGCUCCGUUUCCUUCAUCUUCCUCCUGGCCAUGAUUGUGCUGGCCGUGCGCUGCCAAAAGGACAAGACGCUCAACCUGUACACGUGCCUGCUGGCCGGCGACUGCUGCCUGUGCUGCAGCUCGUGCUGCAGCAGGCAGGCUCGGGGCCGGAAACAGAAGAAGCUGAGCAAAUCCGACAUCAUGUUAGUUCAGAGCACCAACGUGACAUCAGGGGUCGGGCCCGUGGGGCAGGUGCCCGUGGAGGAGUCUGGUGUAGGCGGCGUGGGAGGGGGCUUCGGAUCCCACCACCACCAAAACCAGAACUCCUACUGCUACCAGGUGUGUCUGACACCAGAGUCCGCCAAAACGGAUCUGAUGUUCCUCAAACCGUGCAGCCCCUCCCGCAGCACUGACACGGAUCACACCAACCCCUGCGGCGCCAUAGUCACGGGUUACAGUGACCAACAACCGGACAUCAUAUCCAAUGGCAGUAUUCUCUCUAAUGAGACAAAACACCAACGAGCAGAACUCAGCUAUCUGGUGGACAGACCCAGACGUGUCAACAGUUCUGCAUUCCAAGAAGCAGACAUUGUCAGCUCCAAAGACAGUGGUCACGGCGACAGCGAACAGGGUGACAGCGACCACGACGCCACCAACCGGGGCCAUUCGGCCGGUGCUGACCUGUUCUCCAACUGCACAGAGGAGUGCAAGGCCCUUGGCCAUUCCGAUCGCUGCUGGAUGCCGUCGUUCAUGCCGUCUGACGGGCGCCAGGGGCCGGACUACCGCAGCAACCUGCACGUCCCCGGCAUGGACGCCACGCUGCCCGACACUGAGGUACCCUCCUCCGUCAACCUCUCCGACCAGCUCACCAUGACCUCCUCCACCGCCUCGUCCAACGAUAGGUCAUUCUCCACCUUUGGCAAGGACGGUCAAAGGUCACAGUCACACCACAGCCUUCACCAUCACCUCCAUCAGCAACAGCAGCAGUACAGCUCCAGCACGCUAGAGAGGAAAGAGUAUGAUAGGGGGACCCUACCGUACAAACCCACCUUUCUCUCCCGCAAAAGGAUUUGCUAGCUCGUUCCAUGUGGACCUGUCGGAGACAGCGUAAAUUUCUGUACCAGACCACCAACACUGAUGCUGGAGACAGCGAAAAAAAACUAAACAAACAGAAACCUGGACAACAGCAACCUUGGUUAAACUUCAUUAUCUCGGGUGGCGAACUGUAACGAAGCCUUGACAGCAGUCGAGGCAGGAUAGGAGAAAUAAAUACUGAGUAGCUGUAAACCUCUAGACAUCUGAGGAGCAAUCCAAGGCCUUAUUCCUCUCAGCAGGACUGAGACCGGGGCCGAAACACUCGACAUGUGAAGAUUAUAAAAUCAUCAGCAGAAAGAAGAGAGGAACUGAAACGAACAGAGGAACACAAAAGAAGUGGGA